GAGUAGAGCAGUCGCUCUCGAUCUCUUUCUUCUUUCCCUUUCAUCAUAGCCCUCGCUGCUUACUCGAGAAACAUGUCAAAGAACCUACACUCGAUCACGGACCCCACAAAGAUGGGGCUGGGAUGCUCUAUUGCCGUGCUGACAUCUGGAGGCGACGCUCAAGGUAUGAAUGCUGCUGUAAGAGCAACAGUCAGAGUAGGUAUCUACACUGGAGCCAAAGUCUACUUUGUUCAUGAGGGGUACCAGGGCCUGGUGGAUGGAGGAGAAAACAUUCGGCCUGCCACGUGGGAGAGUGUUUCAAUGAUGCUUCAGCUGGGGGGAACAGUCAUAGGUAGUGCACGCUGCAAAGACUUCAGAGCCAGGGAGGGCCGCAUGAAAGCGGCCUGCAACCUGGUGAAGCUCGGAAUUACCAACCUGUGUGUCAUCGGAGGCGACGGCAGCCUGACCGGAGCCAAUGAGUUCAGGACAGAGUGGAGCGGACUGCUGGCUGACCUGCUCCGAGCUGGUAAGAUUACAGAUGAAGAAGCCAAAACCUCCUCCCACCUAAACAUCGUGGGCAUGGUGGGCUCUAUCGAUAACGACUUCUGCGGUACCGAUAUGACCAUUGGUACAGACUCUGCCCUACACCGCAUCAUCGAGGUGGUGGACGCCAUCACCACAACUGCACAGAGCCACCAGAGGACCUUCAUCCUCGAAGUGAUGGGCAGACACUGUGGGUACCUGGCGCUGGUGUCUGCUCUGGCCUGUGGCGCAGACUGGGUCUUCAUUCCAGAGAUGCCACCAGACAAUGGCUGGGAGGAACACUUGUGUAGGAGGCUGGCAGAUCAACGGGCCAGGGGUUCUCGUUUAAAUGUGAUCAUUGUCGCUGAGGGUGCUAUGUCCAGAGAAGGCAAACCCAUUUCAUCGGACAACAUAAAGAAGCUGGUAACUGACAGACUUGGCUUUGAUACGCGCACCACCGUCCUUGGACACGUACAGAGGGGAGGGACGCCCUCUGCCUUCGACAGAAUCUUGGGCAGCAGAAUGGGCGUUGAGGCGGUGAUGGCUCUACUGGAGGCCACACCGGACACCCCGGCCUGCGUGGUCAGCCUGUCUGGCAACCAGGCAGUUAGGCUGCCACUCAUGGAGUGUGUGCAAGUGACGAAAGAUGUGACUGCUGCCAUGGCUGAGGGCAGAUACGAGGAUGCUAUCAAGCUCAGAGGAAAGAGCUUUGAGAACAACUGGAACACAUACAAGCUGCUGGCCCACAUUAACCCCCCAGAUGUUAAAAGCAACAUCAACGUGGCCAUCAUAAAUAUCGGCGCCCCCUGUGCUGGCAUGAAUGCAGCCGUGCGUGCAGCGGUCAGAAUGGGCAUCAUCCAGGGUCACAACAUGCUGGCUGUUCACGACGGCUUUGACGGCCUCGCGCAUGGACAGAUUGAGCCUAUCAACUGGACUUCAGUGAGCGGCUGGACUGGAUUGGGAGGCUCAAUGUUGGGCACGAAGAGAACGCUUCCAGGUAAGCUGAUUGAGGAAAUCAGUCAGAACAUUGCAAAGUUCAACAUCCACGCCUUGGUGAUCGUCGGCGGCUUUGAGGCCUACGUGGGAGGCCUGGAGAUAGUUCAAGCCCGAGAGAAGUAUGAGGAGGUGUGCAUCCCUAUGGUUGUGAUCCCCGCCACCGUCUCCAACAACGUCCCUGGCUCCGACUUCAGCAUCGGUGCUGAUACCGCUCUAAACACGAUCACCUCCACAUGCGACAGAAUCAAGCAGUCUGCCGCAGGCACCAAACGUCGUGUGUUCCUUGUCGAGACGAUGGGUGGCUACUGCGGCUACCUAGCCACCAUGGCAGGGCUAGCGGCCGGGGCAGACGCUGCAUACAUAUUUGAGGAGAAAUUCAAUAUUAAAGACCUGGAGGGGAAUGUUGAGCAUCUUGUGGAGAAGAUGAAGACGACUGUGAAGAGAGGCUUGGUUCUCAGGAACGAGAACUCAAAUGCCAACUACACCACGGAUUUCAUCUUCAACUUGUACUCCGAGGAGGGUAAAGGCGUCUUUGACUGUCGCAAGAAUGUGCUCGGACACAUGCAACAAGGUGGCACUCCAACACCUUUUGACAGGAACUUUGGCACAAAGAUGGGCGCCAAGUCUGUCCUGUGGCUGACUGAGAAGCUCAAGGAGUGCUACAGGCAUGGUCGCAUCUUUGCCAAUACACCUAACUCUGCCUGUGUGUUGGGCAUGAGGAAGAGGGCGCUCACCUUCCAGCCCCUAGCUGAACUUAAGGGAGACACAGACUUUGAGCGCCGCAUUCCAAAGUCGCAGUGGUGGCUGAAGAUUCGGCCCAUCAUGAAGAUCCUGGCCAAGUACAACAUCAAGCUGGACACAUCAGAACAUGCUGACAUGGAGCAUGUGAUCAAGAAAAGAAGCAACUAGGGAAACUGAUGGAUGAGCACACAACAGUUUAGUUUUAUGUUAUACAUGUAUUCAGAAGCACUAUCAAGAGAAACAAUAAACUCUAA